GAGCCGCCAGAAGGCGAAAAGUCCUCCGCGGUCUCCGCAUAUAGUCCCCGGAUAUGGGGGAGGAAGGCCGGGUCUAUUGUGUGAGUGUAUAGGCGAGAGGGCGGAGGGGAGGGAGGGAGUCUGGCUCGGCCCUGCGGAAUGAUACCGAGCGGCCGGCGCCCUCCGCCACACACGGAGGCGGCGGAGGGGAGCCCGCCCGGCCCGCUGGCGAGCCCCGCCACCCUUCCGCAGCCUCCCGCUCCCGGCGAGCGGCGGCGCUGCCGUCAUGGCCCCGCACCCAUGGAGGGCGCGGGGGGGAACCGGCCGCCGCGCUGCCUUCGCUUGCCGCCCAGUGCUGGGCGGGCGGCGGCGGGGCUGCUGGGCGAUCAAGGGUCUGUCGGCGCCAGGCCAGCGGCCCUGCCGUCGUCCUCCUCUUCCUCCUGGGCGCCGUCGGCCCUGGUGCGGGUUCCGCGGGUCCGGGUGCUGGCGAGGGCCGCGGGAAGGGGCCGGCGGGACAGGAAGGCUGCCGAGUCCUUCCGCCCCUCGCUUCCUCCCCCUCCCCCCGGGACAAAUUAAUGAGAGCUUCGAAUAAAGGAUGAUAAACGAGUGAAAAUAAGAUUCAACUCUUCCAUCUCUCUGAUUGCAAGAAGGAGGGCGUCCUUUUUGUGAGGCUUUAAAAAACACCUUUGUAGUCGUUUAUGAUGUUCUGACACCAAAUAUAGAGAACAGUAAUUUUCCCUACCAAGUACCUAACUUCCAUAAGUGUGACAUCUGUUUGCUGUCUUUUCCAAAAGAGACCCAGUUCCAGCGCCAUAUGAGGGAUCAUGAGCAAAAUGACAAGCCUCACCGGUGUGACCAGUGUCCGAUGUCAUUUAAUGUUGAAUUCAACUUGACACUUCAUAAAUGUACUCACAAUGGUGAAGAUCCUACGUGUCCUGUGUGCAACAAGAAAUUCUCCAGAGUAGCCAGUCUGAAAGCUCAUAUAAUGCUACAUGAGAAAGAAGAGAAUCUUAUCUGUUCAGAGUGUGGAGAUGAAUUUACUUUACAGAGUCAGCUGUCCAUACACAUGGAAGAACAUCGACAAGAAUUGGCAGGCAGUAGGAUCCACAUCUGCAAGUCUUGCAAAAAGGAAUUUGAAACUUCCUCACAGCUAAAAGAGCAUAUGAAAACUCACUAUAAAAUAAGGGUGUCAAAUACCAGAUCUUAUAACAGAAAUAUUGACAGAAGUGGUUUUACCUAUUCCUGUCCUCACUGUGGAAAGACGUUCCAGAAGCCGAGUCAGUUAACACGACAUGUGAGGAUACACACAGGUGAAAGACCUUUUAAAUGCAGUGAAUGUGGAAAAGCCUUUAACCAGAAGGGGGCGUUGCAGACCCAUAUGAUCAAGCACACUGGUGAAAAACCCCAUGCUUGUGCCUUUUGUCCUGCAGCCUUUUCUCAGAAAGGCAAUCUUCAGUCACACAUACAGAGAGUUCAUUCAGAGGUGAAGAAUGGCCCUACAUACAACUGUACAGAAUGUAGCUGUGUCUUCAAAAGCUUGGGUAGUUUAAAUACCCAUAUCAGCAAGAUGCACAUGGGUGGUCCACAGAAUUCUGCAAGCUCUUCAACAGAUGUAUCUCAUGUUACAGCGGACUCUGUAACCCAGCCUUUAACAACAUCCUCCGCUAAUCUUUUGCAACCUGUUGAUAACAAAUGGAAGAAUGCCACGCAUUUUCGGUCUCCACUUCUUCAACAGACAGAAAACCAGGUGUCUUCAGCUACUGCUCAGCAGGGUCAACAGGCUGUAACCGAUGUCAUCCAGCAGCUCCUGGAGUUAUCAGAACCAGGUCCUGUAGAAAAUAACCAGCCUCAACAACCUGGUCAACAACUCAGCAUUGCAGUGGGGAUCAAUAGAGAUAUUUUGCAGCAAGCUUUAGAGAACAGUGGGUUGUCUUCGAUUCCUGUCUCUGCACAUUCUACUGACUGCAGCCAGGCCAAGGCACCUGGGGCCCAGGAUCAGAACCCAGAUGUCCAGACACUCUCAAAUCACCAGGCUGAAUCUAAUAAUGCAGAACAAGAUAAGGAGCAAGAGAGUGCAGAUAAACUGGAUAAAAAAGAAAAAAAGGUUAUUAAGAAAAAAUCACCGUUUUUACCCGGUUCUAUACGUGAAGAAAAUGGAAUAAGGUGGCAUGUUUGUCCAUAUUGCUCUAAAGAAUUUAAAAAACCAAGCGAUCUAGUGCGCCAUAUUCGCAUUCAUACCCAUGAGAAGCCGUUCAAGUGUCCCCAGUGUUUCCGCGCCUUUGCUGUUAAGAGUACUCUCACAGCACACAUAAAAACACAUACUGGCAUUAAAGCUUUCAAGUGCCAAUUUUGUAUGAAAUGCUUUUCCACCUCAGGGAGUUUAAAAGUUCACAUUCGUCUGCACACAGGUGUUAGGCCUUUUGCUUGUCCUCACUGUGACAAAAAGUUUAGAACAUCAGGCCACCGGAAAACUCAUAUUGCUUCACAUUUUAAACAUACUGAACUAAGAAAGCUGCGACAUCAACGUAAACCUGCAAAAGUUCGAGUAGGAAAGACAAGUGUUCCAGUACCAGACAUUCCUUUGCAAGAGCCCAUACUCAUAACCGAUUUAGGUCUUAUCCAGCCAAUCCCAAGGAAUAGCCAGUUCUUCCAAAAUUAUUUUAACAAUAAUUUUGUGAAUGAUGCAGACAGACCAUACAAAUGUUUUUAUUGCCAUCGGGCCUAUAAAAAAUCUUGUCAUCUUAAACAACACAUCAGGUCACAUACUGGUGAAAAGCCAUUUAAAUGCUCUCAGUGUGGAAGAGGUUUUGUGUCAGCUGGAGUUCUGAAAGCACAUAUUAGAACACACACUGGAUUGAAAGCGUUUAAGUGUCUUAUAUGCAACGGGGCCUUCACUACUGGGGGCAGCCUGAGGCGACAUAUGGGGAUCCAUAAUGACCUUCGACCGUACAUGUGUCCGUAUUGUCAAAAAACAUUCAAAACAUCGCUAAACUGUAAAAAACACAUGAAGACUCAUAGAUACGAACUUGCACAGCAACUUCAGCAGCAUCAGCAGUCUGCUUCAAUAGAUGAUUCUACAGUAGAUCAGCAGAGCAUUCAUGUUUCUACACAGAUGCAAGUAGAGAUUGAAAGUGAUGAGCUACAGCAGUCAGAAGCUGUUGAAACAGAUCAACAGGCGAUUUUAGAGUUAGACCAGCAGCCAGUAGUAGGCACAGAAGAAACAGCACUAGAACAACAAUUGGCUGAUCAGCCUUUAGAGCAAGAUGAGGAUAGAUUUGUGACAUCCCAGCAUGCUUUACAGGAAAACAUCACUCAAUUUGAGCAACAAGCUAUAACACAGCAGCCAUUUGAUCAACAGGGCUUAUCACAAGGUUUUACAGUGAAUGACAGCUACAACCAACAGACUCAAUUUCCAGCUGUGCAGCAGCUGCAGGAUUCGAGCACACUUGAAUCUCAGGCUCUUUCAACAAGUUACCAUCCACCAGCCCUUCUUCAGGUUCCAAAUACAGACGCUAUUAACGUAACUACUCGCUUGAUACAAGAUCAGUCAUCACAAGAAGAACUUGAAUUGCAUACCCAGCGGCCUAAUUUUCUUGAGGACACUGAGGAUCAAAGCCGGCGUUCGUAUAGAUGUGAAUAUUGCAACAAGGGUUUUAAGAAAUCGAGCCAUUUGAAACAACACGUACGAUCACAUACUGGUGAGAAACCUUAUAAAUGCCAACUCUGUGGCCGUGGCUUUGUUUCCUCAGGUGUUCUUAAGUCACAUGAGAAGACUCAUACAGGAGUUAAAGCAUUCAGCUGUAGCAUUUGCAAUACCUCCUUCACAACUAAUGGCAGCCUUACCAGGCACAUGGCAACUCACAUGAGCAUGAAGCCUUACAAGUGCCCAUUCUGUGAUGAAAGCUUUCGAACAACUGUUCACUGCAAAAAACAUAUGAAAAAACAUCAGGCAGUCUCCUCAGCUGUAGCAGCAGCUACAGAAACAGGAGGGGGAGUUGCCUGUGUUGAAGAUGAUGAUGAAAACUCUGAAAGAACUUCCAGAAAAUCUCGUCCCGGUGUAAUAACUUUUACAGAAGAAGAAACAGCAGAACUGGCAAAGAUUAGGCCUCGAGAAAGUGCCACCGUCUCAGAAAAAGUUCUUGUCCAGUCUGCUGCAGAGAAAGACAGAAUUAGUGAGAUCAAAGAUAAGCAAGCAGAACUGGAAGCAGAGCCCAAAUAUGCCAACUGUUGUAGUUACUGCCCCAAAAGCUUUAAAAAACCCAGUGAUUUAGUCAGGCAUGUUCGUAUCCAUACUGGAGAGAAGCCGUAUAAGUGUGAAGAAUGUGGAAAGAGUUUCACUGUAAAAUCCACUCUGGAUUGUCAUGUUAAAACGCACACAGGCCAGAAGCUCUUCAGUUGUCAUGUGUGCAGUAAUUCUUUUUCUACAAAAGGGAGUCUAAAAGUCCACAUGCGUCUGCAUACAGGAGCAAAGCCCUUUAAAUGUCCACACUGUGAUUUACGGUUUCGUACUUCAGGGCGCAGAAAAACCCACAUACAGUGUCAUUAUAAACCAGAGACAAAGAAAGUUAGGAAGCCUGUCGCCCGUACUUCAACUGAAGGACUACAACCAGUCAGUCUUCUUAAUUCAUCGUCAACAGACCCUAAUGUUUUCAUCAUGAAUAACUCCGUUUUGACAAGUCAGUUUGAUCAAAAUUUACUUCAGCAAGGACUUGUGGGCCAGGCUAUCCUGCCUGCUUCAGUGUCAGCUGGAGGUGACUUAACUGUGUCCUUGACAGAUGGUAGCUUGGCCACUCUUGAAGGAAUACAGUUACAACUUGCUGCUAAUCUGGUUGGACAAAAUGUUCAAAUAUCUGGAAUAGAUGCCACCAGUAUUAACAACAUAACAUUACAGAUUGAUCCAAGUAUUCUACAGCAGACAUUACAGCAGAGUAAUUUACUUGCUCAGCAGCUAACUGGAGAUGCCAGUAUGGCUCCACAGAAUCCCUCUCUCCAGGCAACAGAGAAUGCAGUGCCAGCUAACGUGGUUAUUCAGCCUAUAUCAGGCCUGACUUUGCAGCCCACGGUAACAUCUUCUGCUAACAUGACAGUAGGAUCCUUAUCGGAGCAAGAGUCUGUGCUGACAACCAAUGCUAGUGGUGCACAGGACAUCUCUCAAGUCAUGACUUCACAGGGUAUGGUAUCUUCUUCAAAUGGACAACAUGAGAUAACAUUGACCAUAAACAAUUCCAGUUUGAGUCAAGUUCUAGCUCAUGCUUCAGGUUCUACUACUACAAGCUCAUCAGGAAGUCCUCAAGAAAUCACUCUUACAAUAUCUGGACAAGAUCUUAUUCAGCAUAAUUCUGGAAGCAAUGAUCUGAAUAGUGGCUUGAGGCUGACAGCACCAACCAUCAACAGUCAGACUGCAGGUGCUACACUAACUAUAAGCAACGACCAGCUUCUUUCUCAGGGCACUUCACUAAAUGCUCCAGAACUUCAUACAACAGGUGGAACAAGCCUUCCUUCAACAGCACCAAUAUCUCAGUCUACAGUUUCUGCCCAGAAUUUGGUGAUGUCUUCGUCAGGAGUUGGAGGAGAUGGUAGUGUCACCUUGACUCUUGCUGACACUCAGGGAAUGUUGUCAGGUGGUCUUGAUGCGGUUACACUUAAUAUCACUUCACAGGGUCAGCAGUUCCCUGCUAUACUCACAGAUUCCAGUCUCGCUAGCCAAAGUGGGUCAGGCUCACAGCAAGUCAUACUGGUGAGCCAUACACCCCAUUCAGCAUCUGCAAACUCUGAUGAAAUAACGUAUCAGGUGACAGAGGUUUCUCCUAAUGUAAGUAAAAGCAGUCAAGCAGAAAAAGAAGGUCGCGUGCACCAGUGUUUUGAGUGUAAUCAAACCUUUUCUUCAGCCACCAUGUUGACACACCAUAGUAAAGAGGUUCAUGGCAAGGAAAGAAUACAUGUUUGCCACAUCUGCAACAAAGCCUUUAAGCGGGCAACACAUCUCAAGGAACACAUGCAAACCCAUCAGGCUGGACCUUCACUGAGUUCCCAGAAGCCUAGAGUGUUUAAGUGUGAUACUUGUGAGAAAGCUUUCGCUAAGCCAAGUCAGCUGGAAAGACAUAGCCGGAUUCACACAGGGGAACGGCCAUUUCAGUGUACAUUAUGUGAAAAGGCUUUUAACCAGAAGAGCGCUCUUCAAGUCCAUAUGAAAAAGCACACGGGAGAGAGGCCUUAUAAAUGUGAUUACUGUGCAAUGGGAUUUACACAGAAAAGCAAUAUGAAACUGCACAUGAAACGGGCUCAUGGUUACACUGGUCCUGUACAAGAGCCUGCUAGUCAUCAGGAACAAGAGGGGGAAGAUAUUAGUCGUGCUCUGAAUUUAGAAGAAGUGGUACAAGAAUCUUCAACUGAAUGGCAAAGUAUAGGCAAUGUUUUUCGAUGACACCUUAAAAUGUGAAAGCUAAAAAUGUUUCUGGGACUCGAAUUUCUCUAAACAAGUUUUCAAAAAAGUAGAAGGUGGAUUUUUACAGUUAAACCUUCAAGCAUUGAAAAUAUUAACAAUAGAAUAAUAUAUUAUAGUUUUUUUAAUUAUUUACAAAAAUUACUUAAAAGAAGCAUUCUUUUUUUAAGCUCGUAGAAGAAUAUUGGGAAACCAUCAUUUAAUCUGUGCUAAGUUGUCUGUGAAUCAAUGAACUCAGGUAAUACUGUAUACAGUUUCAUCUUCUAAUUCACAGCCAGUAUAUCUAUUUGAAAAAUAAACUGGAACUUUAUAUCAGAGUAGAAUGAUUCCCAUUUUUAAAGGAGGUGAAGAAUAACUUGGUGGGAAAACCAUGAAACUGUUGGUCAGCUUUCUUUUUUGUGUUCAAUUAAAUAAUUGAGGUUGGAUACAAAAUGUCACAGAGUAGGUGCAUGCAGUAUAAAAUAGUUUUUGCUUUGGUUGGGUUUUUUUUUGUUUUCCUUUUUUUUUUUUUUUACAAGGCAGAGGAAAACGCUGUAUUUCUGUUUUAGGCUUUUCUUAGUAUGUUUUGAGAGUUUGUUGAAAAAAAUAAUAUGCCAUGAGCUUCUGGCUUUUUUUGAGUUAAACUCUCGAGAGGGAGCAUGUUCAUUUCCAUUCCAACCGCAGAGGCAGUUAGUUGUUAGUUUUUACAGUAAAAGUCUGAGGCUUUAAACUUGGCAAUAAUUAUUUAAAGAGAAUCCGAGCUAGAAGAGGUUGCAAUGAAAGCCUCUUCUUUUAUGUUUGCUGUAUUGGAUCAGCAGGUACAUAUCUCAGUGUCUGUGGAAAACACAGCCAUAUACUAAAUCUGGGAAGUAAGCAUACAAUUUUGUGUUAGCAGUGAGCAAGUUAGAUGCACGCUAGGUCACCUAUAUUACACAGUAUUCCCCAGUGCUGUAAAGUUACCAUUUCAAAUCUGUAAAUUCCUCAUUAUUUUCUUUGUGAGUUUUGGGAAUAUGUUACUUUUAUUUGUUGUUGUUUAAGUCAUUGUUUCAGCAAAACUACCUAGUUAACUAAGUAAUGCGUUGAAAGGUGCCACUUCCUAAGUAUAUUCAUAACAGAGAAACACUGGAGUAAAAACAUACAGUCAUCUUUUAGACAUUCCAAAGACAGAAGCCCUUUUCUUAUUUUUACCUUGUUCUUUUGAAUUUUAUUUAUAUGUUACAUAUAUAUAGAUAUAUAUAUGUGUGUGCUUGUAUGUAUAUAUAUAUAUUUAAAGUUAUAUGAGCCUCUGUGUGGCUGAUCAGUAUAUUUUGUAAAUACUAAUCCCAGUUGCAGGAAGUUAAUCUUUUUGGUUUGCCGCGAGUACUUCUAGAUCGGUGGUGGAUUUGUUGUACCAUAUAAUAUAGAGCUGGGUUUUAAUUUUACCUUCUGAAUGAUAAUUGCGCUCAGAUCCAAAAAAAACCAAACCCUUUUCUGUAAAUAUUGUCUAUACUUUGUCUAUGAUGCAAACUAGUUAUUUCAGAUUGUUGAAGCAAGAAAUCACUGUUGGUUUUUGAUAGGGCAUCUCUUAAUUCUUUUGUUAACUCUUUGGCAUAUGUAUAUAAGUAAUAUAGUUGGUGACAUGAAAAUAACCCUUUUGUUAUGUGGAAUAUUUAAUUCAAAAACAUGUUAAAUAAUAUUACUUUUUUCCAAA